CUCCAAUAGCUACAAUCCACGUGUAACAAUUUACAUUUUAAUCAACACAAAUGACCAAAAAUACCCCUAUCCUUGUCCUAAAUUACUCUCCCAUCUUCAAUGGUUCAAAUCUCAGAGCUCAUUCUCAACUCUCAAGAUCUUCCACUUUCCCACUCUUCCACCGGAAGAACAACCGUAUUUACCGUUUCUUUUUUCUUUUCUUUAUAAACAAAUUAAUUAAUUUUUAAUUUGGAAGAAAACCUUAAACCUCCCUAACACAGAAGAGAAGCGGUGCAAGGCAAGGAUUCUAAGCGUAUUAAGACCCCAUUUACAAAAUUUGUGGAUUUUGAUUUGAUGCCAUUUUAAUCUAACUGGGUUUUCUGGGUUGUUAUAAUUAUCUAUUACAAUGAUGGGUUUUUUGAUUUGAAUUUGGUACGACCUGACCCACCUGGGAUCUCAGAGCAUUUGGUUGACAAGAAGCAAAGAAAUUAAAACAUUGGGUUUUUGAAUCAAGAAAAAUGAUGAAGAUUUGCAGUUGGAUUUUGAUUGUUUCGAUUCAAUUAUCGAUUUUAGCAACUGGGGCUUCUUCAAUUGAUGAUUUCCACCAAGCGUUUCCCAUCGUAGAACCUGAUCCUGGUCAUACGAAAUUACGCCUUUCUAGAGAAGGAUUGGAGGCCAUUAAGAGAAUAGAGACACCAAUUUCCGCUGUUGCUGUGAUUGGACCUUAUCGAUCAGGAAAAUCUUUUCUACUUAAUCAACUCCUGUCACUUUCUUGUGAUGAAGGUUUUGGCGUCGGACACAUGCGAGAUACUAAAACCAAAGGUAUAUGGGUGUGGGGAACGCCAGUUGAAGUAAUGGUUGAUGGUGUCAAAACAUCUGUACUUUAUCUUGAUACGGAAGGAUUUGAAAGCAUUGGUAAAUCAAACGUUUAUGAUGAUCGGAUUUUUGCUUUGGCUACUGUUAUGAGUUCUGUACUUAUCUAUAACUUGCCUGAGACGGUGCGUGAAGCUGAUAUAUCUCGGCUAUCAUUUGCUGUAGAGCUUGCUGAAGAGUUUUAUGGAAGAGUUAAGGGUGAAGAUGUUGCUUUUGAACCUGCUAAGCUUUUAUGGCUAAUACAGCGUGAUUUCCUGCAAGGGAAAUCUGUGCAAGAAAUGGUAAAUGACGCUCUUCAACGUAUCCCCAAUUUAAAUGAUGACAAAGAUAUUGAGCAGGUUAACCAGAUCCGUGAAUCAUUGGGUGUUAUGGGGGACAGCAGCACAGCUUUCAGCUUACCUCAACCUCAUCUACAGCGAACAAGACUCUGUGAAAUGAAUGACACUCAACUUGAUCCCGGAUAUGUGAAAAAGAGGGACCAGAUGAAAGAACUUGUUGCUUCUAUCAUUCGACCAAAAGUUGUGCAGGGUAAAAUGCUAAACGGGAAGGAGUUUGUUACUUUUCUGGAACAGAUAAUUGAAGCCUUGAAUAAAGGAGAAAUUCCAUCCACUGGAUCACUUGUUGAGGUUUUUAAUAAGAAAAUAAUCGAGAGGUGUCUGAAGUCAUACAAUGAAAGGAUGUCUGUGUUGAGUUUGCCUCUUUCUGAAGAAUCAUUGAAAAAAGCCCAUGAAAUUUCUAAAGAUGCUGCAAUGAAAGCUUUUGAUCAACAGCAUUUCGGUCGAAAUCAUGCUAAGAAGUCAGUUGAACAAUUGGGUGAAGAAAUUGAGAAGGUCCUUCAAAAUUAUGUAAUGACAAAUAAAUAUGAAUCAACAAAACUUUGCGAGAUGCUGUACACGACUUGUGAAGACAAGAUGGACCAACUUCAGGUGCUCAGACUUCCGUCCAUGGCAAAAUUUAAUGCAGGCUUUCUCAAGUGUAAUGAGAGUUUCGAACAAGUGUGUGUUGGACCUUCAAAAGUCAGCUAUGAAAAUCGGAUGAUGAAGAUGAUGGGAAAGUCGCGCUCCCUAUUUAUCAAGGAAUACAACAACAGACUUUUUAAUUGGUUGGUUGCGUUUUCUUUGGUGAUGGUGGUGGUGGGGCGGUUUGUCAUCAAGUUCUUGUUGUUUGAGAUCGGUGCGUGGAUAAUGUUCAUUUUCUUGGAGACGUAUACAAGGAUGUUCUGGUCAGCAGAAUCUCUAUAUUACAAUCCCGUUUGGCACGUCAUAGUGAGCACUUGGGAAACGGUUGUUUACAGCCCCAUCAUCGAUUUGGACAGGUGGGCGAUUCCCUUAUGUGUGAUCGUAGCUCUAUUCAUUCUGUACUGGCGGUGUUGUGGGAGGAAGAAGAACGCGUCUAGUUGGUCAUUACCUUUGUACAACACUCAAAAAAAUAGUUCAAAUCGGUCAAGAACAGAUUAACCAAUAAUACCCUUGUAUACCAUUAUGAUGAUUUCUCCUGAUGUUGUUCAAUUGAGCGAGCUUUUUGAUGUUUCUUUUUUAAUACAUAGAGCUCUCUCAUUUCGAGUCAUCACUGGGAUUUUGGGGUGACCCUUUUAAGUUACUGUAGUCUAUAAACAGGUUUAAAGGAUGAUCAGAUGCAAGGCUUUGAUAGUGUUUACUUUAAAAUGUAGCAUAAAACUUCUCCAUAUGUAUGAUUAUAUAUUACUAUUAAUGAAAAUGUUCUUUUAUCA